UGCUCCAGCUGCCUGCUGAACGAUGGAAUUAACUGCUGUGUCCGUGUCCCCUUCAGCAGCCGUGUACCAAUAACCUGGCAUGCUCCGGUGACCGCUGAGUAAAUCAGUCCUGUUUGAUUGCAGAGUUAAACUGUCAGGAGUGAUAACAGACAGCACAUCACCGCGUCAGUGAUUUAACUGCUCAUUUUCCCGAUAAAUACUAGCAUGGAUUCAGAGGACGAGCCAUUGUUGCUUCAGGCUAUGUGGGACUUCGGUGAGGACGAGGAACAGAGUGAUGAACAAAAAGAACCCUGUGAGGAAGAAGUACAAGUACAGCAGGUUCGCAGAGGAGUGUGGUGGGCGCUAGGCUGGAUUUACACUCGGCCCUGGGCCAGCGGAGCUGUUCUCCUCGUAGGUUUCCUGUUUCCUUUUGCUCUCUCUGCUUACAUGUUCCUCUACUGCGAGCCCCUGGACAUUGAUCUCUCGUACAGUGCCUUUGAGGUAAGGAGCCAUUCAUCCGCUGAACGCUUCGACGCACUCACCAUCGCACUGAAGAGCCAGUUAGGGUCCUGGGACAGACAUCGACGUGACGCGGAAGGGUUUGAUUUCGACUCCAAUGCCCUCAGGGACCUCCUUUUGCUGAAAUUGAACCGGCAAGGCAAAGAGCCCAUUGCAGUCAAUGAGACGGAACUUUCAAGGGUCCUGGGAAAUCAACAAAUUAAAAGUCAGAGAGCAGAACUGCAAGGAGAUGUGAAGAGCGUUCAGGAUACAACCAGGCAGUUUGUUAAAACGAUAGAUGCUGAGAAAGCUGGAGCAGUUCAGAACAAAUCCAGCAGGCCAGAGGUUCACGAGGAAUCAAACUCAACUCUGAUUAGAAAGGCAAGAUUUGCAGGCUACUCCUACCUCCAGACUCAAGCUCUCUGGCGGAUGGAGCUGGUCUUUGUGUCUCAGGGCGACAACGAGAACAACAUCUUCACCCCGGAGCGGCUUCACACCAUUCACCACGUGGAGCGUCUGCUCAUGCAGCAUCCACAGUUCCAGCAAUUCUGCUGGAAGCCAUUGGAGGUGUUGAGGGAUCUGCCACUGGGACCUUCAUACUGCUCACCUCCCAGCUCCGUCCUCUCCUACCUCUUUCCCAGUGAGCGUGGAGGGAAGAUUUACUUUGACGGCAUGGGGUCGGAUCUGGCUGAUAUACACGGUGCUCUGAGUCUGGCGAUCACCCACCCUCAGUUUUACUGGUAUGUGGAUGAGGCGCUCACUCCAGACAACCUUCAUUCCUCGCUCCUGCGCAGUGAGAUCCAUUUCGGAGCUCCGCUCCCAUCGUUCUACUCUCCACAGGACCGACCCCUGGAGCAGAGGAAGAGGUUUAGGGAAUUUGUCGUCCAGUAUGCUGGGAUUCUGGCUCAGCAGUCCACCAGCAAGGUGAAGGUGUUGUACGGGGGUACGGAGCUUUUUGAUGAUGAGGUCAGAAAGACCUUCCACAGCGACAUGAUGCUGGCGUUGUUCAGUGGUGCUUGUAUCACCGUCCUGGUUUACAUCCUCACCUCUUUCUCAUUGUUUCUGACGUUCUUUGGAUUGGCUAGUAUUGGCCUGAGCUGCCUGAUGGCUCUGUUCCUGUAUCAUGUUGUGUUUGGGGUGAGGUACCUGGGUAUUCUCAAUGGUGUGGCAGCCUUUAUCAUUAUUGGUAUUGGUGUGGAUGACGUCUUCGUUUUCAUCAGUACGUUCAGACAGAUGGCUCAUGUUACAGACGCUGAGCAGCGAAUGAUCCACACCGUGCAGACUGCAGGUCGUGCCACCUUCCUCACCUCCUUCACCACGGCCGCCGCCUACGCAGCCAAUGCCUUUUCUCAAAUUCCGGCUGUGCAUGACUUUAGCCUCUUCAUGUCCCUCAUCGUGAGCUGCUGCUGGCUCUGGGUUUCCAUUCUAAUGCCCGCUGCCCUUUGCAUUUGGAAUCAAUGCGCUGCUGCCCACACUAAUACCUGCACAAAAUGGUGGAACAACUUGAGUAAAAUGCCGGUCAAUCCUGGCCCCCUUUCUGAUGAGGAUGAUGAUGUUGCUCUUUUGACUGUGGAGAUGGAAUCAGGUCUCCAUGAUUUAGAGUUCGAUACAGCUCUCCUGCCUCUCACAGAUGGUUCCACAGAUGGGAACAUAGGAUUAGUCAGUGCCAAGCUCCAGACGGUACUGAGACACUGGGUGGCCGAGCCUGCGGUGGAGAACCGCAGGACUAUUAUAGCGCUAUAUAUCGUGGUGCUGCUGGCAUCAGCUUGUUGCUGUAGUCUGCUUAAACCAGCCAGUCACGCUCCUGUGCUUUUCCACCGCAACACCAACUUACAGCAACUGCUGGAUCUUCGCAGCAACCUAAGCGCCCAGGGGAUUUCUUGCCACAUGUGUUCAGGGGUGUUUAUGGAAAGACCUCACAGCCUACACAGCAGCGUACACUCCAUGAGCUCCACAUCGCGGAAGAAUUACCCCGCCAGCCGAACUGAGGGAAGAGGGAGAUGGCCAGAUACUACUAACACAACACAGAUAAAGUCAGGAGCAGACGUCCUUGUCACCGUCUACAUCUCUAAGCUGGAGCUUGACACAUCAGUUACUCUCUACCGCUACUCUCUGAAUGCCAGUAUCCCCAGUCCCUGGAGGGCACUGAGCCCCAAGCAAGGAGACGUGCCAUCCUUUCAGGCUUACAGCGGUCGGCAUGGAAAUUUCUCUACACAGCUUACGGUGUGUAUGUCGCACGCCUACCAUCCACGGCCACGAUGGAUGCUGACUCUGGGGUCAUGUGACCCACACCAUGGCUGGAGGGCUGACUUCAGGUUUUUUGUGUCACUCACCGAGCAGAAAAACAGCAAAAAGCUCUAUUUUGCCCAGAACAGUCUCAGUACGUACACUAGCCGUGUGUGUGAUGGGCCUCCAGGCUGUAUGGCCGGGUCUGGCCCUGACGGACCCACCCAGGGCAGUUUCUACACCCCCACACCUGCAGCCUCUAGACAGGUUCCGACCUCCAAGACGUUUGGCUUUAACCCGUGUAGCGACGGUGAAUGUGGAAAGCCAGCAGUUCGCCCCCUAGUGGACACCGGAGCCAUGGUCUUCGUCGUAUUCGGAAUACUUGGACUCAACCGCUCUCAACAUGCAGACAAUCAUGUUAUUGUAGACAUGGGCAGUGUGGUCUACGAUCCUGACUUCGAUCUUCUCAGCGAAAUUGGUCACUUAUGCCAGCUCUGCAAAGCCAUCAGUGCCAACACCCAUCUUGUCAAGCCUGGCGGUGCUCAGUGUUUGCCUUCAGGCAACAGUCUGACUUCAAUUCUUCCUCUCCUCCACCCUGAGUGUCACUCUCUUCCUGAGCCUAACCUCCUGCCAGGCCAGUUAUCCCAUGGUGCAGUGGGUAUGCAAGGGGGCAGAGUUCACUGGAUUUCUAUGGCUUUUGAAUCAACCACCUACAAAGGUAAGUCCUCAUUUCAGGCCUACUCUGAUUUCCUUCAGUGGGAAAGCUUCCUUCAGGAGCAGUUAGCAUCUCUGCCAAAAACUUCAGCUCUGCAGCGAGGCUUUCAGACCUGCCAGCACUGGAAGCAGAUCUUCAUGGAGAUCAUAGGUGUAGAGAGCGCCCUAUACAGUCUGCUCCUGUCCCUGGCCAUCUGUAUAGCAUCUGUUGCUAUCUUUACUGUUCAUCCUCUACUGUUGCUGCCCAUCCUGCUUAGCAUUCUGGGUAUGGUUUGUCUGGUGGUAGCAGUCAUGUACUGGUUGGGCUGGGAGAUGGGUGCAGUGGAGGCCAUCUCUCUUUCCAUCCUGGUGGGAUCAUCUGUGGAUUACUGCUUGCACCUGGUCGAGGGUUUUCUGCUCGCUGGAGAUAUCAGAAGCAUGUCGAAUGUCAGGAAUCCUUCCACUGGUCACUCUCAUUCAAAUGAUUCAUUAAACGAGUGUGAGCGGCGAACACUGGCAGCAGUCGAUCAUGUCGGUGUUGCCAUCGUAUCCAGUGCCAUCACUACAGUCAUCUCCACAGUGCCGCUCUUCUUCUGCGUGAUUGUGCCUUUUUCUAAAUUUGGCCAGAUCGUGGCUAUUAACACUGCGAUCUCCAUAUUAUUCACCCUGGUUGUGACCACGGCCUUUUUAGCCACAAUGGGGCCUUCAGACUUCACUCGGCCACCGCGGGCAGUUCUUAAAACCAGUCUGGUGGUGCUCGCGCUGGGAGUCUCAGUGUGUCUUUUCUGGUGGACUGGAUCAAAAAUGAUCCCUGCUAGCUGGAGUUCACUUAUUACGUAGGUGAACUGAUGUCUACUGGAUUCUCAGCCUGUCAGAACAUGAAUAAGGAAUUUUGUUUACAAAGUACAAAAACGAUGAUACUGGAUAUUUUGCUGUUAUU